UCCAGAACUGGUCAGAACCUGCUGAAUACCACCUCUGAUCUAGUGAGUGUUUGAGAGAAAACUUCCUACCUUGAUAAGUGGUCUUUGGAUCCUGUCUGCUGCUUUUGCACUGCUUAGCAUAGUGUGGAGGGGAAAGGAAGAGAUGAAGAAUUAUAGUACUAAGGGAGCCUCAGGUGAGCUUAGCAUUUCUGGUGGCCAUGAAAAGUGAUUGAAAAGGGCAUUUUGGUAAUUUCUUGGCAGGCACUGAUUAACAUCACUAUAUAAAGAACUAUGGAGCGAAAUGGAGGAUUAUUUGCAUGGAGAUAUGACAGUGUCUUAGAUCUCAUGAUGUAGAUGCUAUGUUCCACUAAAGCGUGCUUUGAGUCCUGGAAUAUCUGUGACAUGUCAAAUAAUAGUUUCUGUGUAAUUUGAAUGUAUAGUUAGUAAAACAAUUGCAGAAUACCCUCCAGUGGAAUACAUUUUAAUCUUGGGAACUAACUGAAUUGUACACAAGUAAUUGGUCUAAGCUGCUAUUAUUGUUAUAACUAGAUUUGUACAUAUUUAUUCUAAGGCUGAACAGAACUUCUUAUGGUUUGAAAGCUCUUCGUGAUUUUUUUCAUCAGCAUUUCUUCCAUUUUCACCCAACCCUGCCUUGCAUUCCAAAUGGAGUACCCCUCCUCCCUGCAAUUUGCCACGCAAGAGGCUGCUGGAAAACUUCCUGUGCACGCAUGGGAGCCAUAAAAGGCUUAUUCUGGCUCUUGUAAUUCAGUGGGUUUUUUUCUUCUCGCUUGCUCCUUUACUCCCUCCCUCCCUCUUCUUUAGUUGAUUCUAGCCCAGGAACUGAGAAAAUACAGGUCAUCUCAGUCAUUGGGAAUACUUUUGCAUUUGACUGUAUUCCAGAGCAAAACCAAAGGGCUGAAUUUAUUCAGCUGGGGAAAUCUUUUCUGCACCUUUUCUUCUACCAACAUAUAAUCUGCAUCACUUUUGGAUUUACUUCCCACUUAUAAAGGACUGCAGCCUCCAGGGAAAACAGAGCACAGAUGAUCAAUACCCAGCAGACAAAGAAAUGGAAGAUUAACUGUGAAGACCCAAUAAAAGUAUACAUGGAUUACUAAGCAAAUGUUUCCCUGUCCCUGAGAUGGAAGUGCCAAGCAUCAAGGAUUUUCAGUGGAAAACCCUAGCACCUUUGCCUAGUCCAAGAGUCUAUUCUUCCCUGGUAGAGGCUGGUGGACAAGUGUUUGCCAUCGGGGGCUGUGAUGACAAUGGCGUGCCAAUGGACAGCUUUGAAGUGUAUUCCCCAGAAGCAAACCAAUGGAAUUCUCUGCCCCCAAUGCCUACAGCCAGGGCUGGGGUAGCAGUAGCUACACUGGGCAAGAGGAUAAUGGUGAUUGGAGGCAUGGGAGCCCAUCAGAUGCCUUUGAAGAUUGUGGAGAUGUACAACAUAGAUGAGGGCAAGUGGAAGAAAAGAAACUCUUUGAGAGAAGCCUCAAUGGGCAUUUCUGUGUCAGUAAAAGACUACCGAAUCUAUGCAGCUGGUGGAAUGGGAGCAGAUCUACGUCCUCACAAUUAUAUGCAACAUUAUGAUAUGCUUAAAGACAUUUGGGUGUCCUUGGCAACCAUGCCUACACCCAGGUAUGCUGCCACCUCCUUUCUGCGGGGCACCAAGAUCUAUGUUCUGGGUGGAAGGCAGUCCAAGUAUGCUGUGAAUGCCUUUGAAGUCUUUGACAUUGAGACCAGAUCUUGGACCAAAUUCCCCAACAUUCCCAGCAAAAGGGCUUUCUCCACCUUUAUUUGCACAGAGAACAACAUCUUUAGCCUUGGGGGAUUGCGGCAGGGCAGAUUGUACCGUCAGCCCAAGUUCAUGAAAAAUGUGGACGUCUUUGAUAUCGAGCAAGGGGGCUGGAUGAAGAUCGAUCACUCAUUUUUUCUGAAAAAACGACGGGCAGAUUUCGUUUCUGGCUAUUUAAAAGGAAGAAUUGUUGUUGCAGGAGGACUAGGAAACCAGCCAACUGUUCUGGAAUCUGCUGAGGCCUUUCAUCCUGGAAAGAAUAAAUGGGAAAGUUUACCACCUAUGCCUACUCCACGCUGUGCUUGCUCCACCAUCAUGGUAAAAAACUGCCUUCUAGCAGUAGGUGGAGUGAAUCAGGGUUUGAGUGACGCAGUAGAAGCAUUAUGUGUUUCUGAUUCCUAGCUGGCAUGUCAUUGGAUGCUCACCAUUCAGAGUGAUCUAUAGACCAAGAAAUAGCUCUGCCGUCUUUGAAGCUGGGCAAGUAUCUUCAGUAUGUGAAAAGUUGACACUUUUCCUUCACCAUCUCUUGCACUGCCUUGCUUUCCUCUAAUUCCUUUCACGAUGUCCUUUGGAGAGAACAAAUUCUUGCUCCAUGUAGCUGCACAACUUUGUGGCUCUAUCAGCUAGCAGAAGCUCCUUCCUAGUAUGAUGUCAUUUCCUGAAGCAUUAUGGAGCACCACUGACGUAUGAGAUUAUAGGGCACUUCCACCGUCAACUCUGAAUGGCUGAAAAUCAGGCCAGUUUUGUAAUGGAGCAAUCAAGGUUCAUAGCCUAACAAGAAGUUUCAUCCAAGGAUGAGGAAGCAUAUCAUCUAGGACUGCAAGAAGAUUUUGCUUUCCUCUGAAAUAUCAUGUACGAGUAACAGCAGUUGAACAAAAUCGUUAAGAUUUUGUGCUGGGGUUUUCCAAGUACUUUUUGAAGAGUCACAAUGGAAACAAAGAAGGGAAUCUCACAGAGCUAGAGUGCAGUGUGCCCCAGCAGUUCUGAACUCUUAAAUACUGCCAUUAUGAUAAUGAAUUUAAUGUUUUUUUCUGUUGGGAAAAAAUUGAAGAGUUUGUAGUCUUCAAAAUUCCGUACUGUGAUAUUGGACAUACAGACAUUCAAAGCAUCUUUCAUGAAUGUCUUCCAAUCAUGCAGCUUAUCAUAGUGAAGCCACCUCGAUUUGUGUGAGAACAAAAAACAUAUUAGCAGUAUAUUCUGUCAUUGCAAUAGCAGAUUGCUUUAUCCAAGGGUCUGAAAACAAAAGAUUAUAGGUGAAAAAUCAAUUUCAGGAGAAGAAUGCCUCUGUCCCACGAACCCAAAUAUUUCUCCCUUCCAUGAGCUUUACUUCCUUCCUUCCUUCCUCUUUGUGUGGGCAUGCACACAGCGACUCUGGCUGAGGAAUUCUGGGAAUUGAAGUCCACAAGUCUUAAAGUUGCCAAGGUUGAAGACUCCUGAUCCAAAGCACACGAAGUAUGGUUGAGUUUAAUAUAAUUGAUGUCUGAGUAGCAGGGAAGUUAUGGACUUGACUCAUAGCCACUUUCACAUGUCCCAUGGCAACAGUAACCCUUGGGUGCAGUCUUGCCUGCCUUUUUAAAAAAAUCUGUUUCAUAUAUUGUUUAUCUUAUAUAAUCUACAGGGUGAAAUUGUCAGUUUGAUUAUUGAUCUGUUCUGGUUAGUUAUUAACAAACAACACAAUUAAAAUCUAUGUUCAUAUUGUAA